AUGGAUUCAUUUCCAACUCUUUUCCUCCUUACAUACCAACUUCAGUGUCACAAGCGAAUUCUUGAUCCGGGAGCCCUCAGGAACGACAGUGAGGAAAUGAGCGCAGCACUGGAGCCAACAUUGCGAUCGUCGUGGCAGACCACUGCAGGCGUUUCAGCUCUCGCGGGCGUCCUCUCCCACCAUAUCGUCUUCCGGCCCUAUGAGAUCGAUGGCGCUGCCUGGAACCUCGUCUUCACCUACAUCGGCCUCUUCGUGGCACUCUGCAUCGUCUAUGCGCAGAUUGCUGGUUUCGGGUUCUUUGCGAGCCUCUGCCACACGCUGCUCGUCGCCACGACCUACAACGUGAGCCUCACAGCCAGCAUCCUCGUAUACAGGGCUUUCUUCCACAGACUUCGAUCCUUUCCCGGCCCUUUCAUGACGAAGCUCUCGCGCUUCGACACAUUACGGAAGGUGGCCAAGACCACCAGAGGCUGCGAAGAUAUCCAGGGGCUUCAUAAGAAAUAUGGCAACGUUGUUCGAAUUGGACCCCGCGAACUAUCAAUUAACCUCCCUUCGGCUAUCCCACUGAUCUAUGGGUCGUUUACCAGAACCAAAAAAUCACUAUGGUACGAGCAUGUCUCUCAUGAAACUGACAAAAUCUCCGUGAACUCGACGUGCGACCCGGAGGCACACAAGAAGCGCAAGUUGCUCUGGGAGCGAGCCCUUGGAUUUCGAGCCAUGAAAAUCUACGAAACUGGGGUAACAGAAACGGUCAACUCGUUGCUUUGCAAAAUCGCAGCUAAAGCUGACCGGACGAUUAACAUAACCAAAUACAGCAUGUUGUUCAGCUUCGAUGUGAUAGGAGUCGUUGGCUUUUCGAAAGAUUUUCACAUGGUCGAGAGUGAAACCGAGCACCCUGCCAUCAAGGGCGUUCACGAGAGUAUGAUGGCUAUCGGCGUCCUCGGUACAGUUCCAUGGCUACUUUCUAUGCUUGGCAAGAUCCCAGGGGCUGCUGGCGGGUACGCGCGGUUCACGAGGUGGUGUCAUGAGCAGCUCCAGGAGAAGCGCAAGAUCAUAGCUGGCGAAAGGGCUAGUCUCAAGGACCAGGACCCGCAAGAUAUCAUGUCGUGGCUUGUCAAGGCCAUGGAAGAUGGUGAUCCGUGUGCUCCUCCGGGCGAUCAAGCUGUUGAGGAGGACGCUCGACUUCUUAUCAUCGCUGGAAGUGAUACCGUCGCUUCAGCGAUCACUAACGCGCUCUACUAUCUCGCCAAGAACCCCGAUCACUACCAGGCUCUGCAGGAUGCUAUUUGGCAGCAUUUCCCCAACGGCGACAGUGAAUGGACGUACAAAAAGGCCCGCGCCGUGCUCUACCUCGAUUGGGUCAUAUACGAAACCCUCCGACUGAGGCCAUCCGUCCCCGGCGGCCUCACCCGAGUGACACCGCCCGAGGGCCUCGUAAUAGACGACUUCUUUAUCCCAGGGGAUAUCGUGGUCUCGGUGCCGACCUACACCAUGCAGCGCGACGAGCGCUACUGGCCUGAUGCUCUCUCGUUCAAGCCUGAGCGUUGGAAGGGCCUGAGCACCGAGAUGGUCCCCUGGAUUCCCUUUACCAAGGGUCAAGGGUCUUGUCCGGGCAAGGCGCUCGCCAUAAUGGAGAUGCGGAUGGUACUGGGACGUAUCGCCCUACUGUACAACAUUUCCUUCCCCAAGGACGUCACUGCAGAGGACGUCAAGUUCGAGUUCAAGGACACCUUCACUAUGAAGCUGCGAGGACUAAAUAUUGUGUUUACUCCUAUAUCGCGGUAA